AUGUCUAUAAUUAGCCUCCCGCUGGAACUACUCCAUUUGAUCGGAAGUAACCUCGAUCAAAAGGACAUACGCAACCUGAUAUCCACCUCACAUCGAAUGCACAGCGUGUUUCAACGAAAACUCUACACGAACGUGACCAUCGGACUAAGAAACGCGAAUGCAGCCCAGAGUUUUCUCUACGCAGUGGCUCGGAACCCGGGAUUGGCUGGCUAUGUCCAGUCUCUAGCACUUGCGUGCUGGGAAACCUACCUAGACUGGGAAACCAACCGGGAACCCCAAAAAACCACCGAAAGACCCAAUUUUGACGGCGAUCUUAUUCGGAAAUUAGUCGAUGAAGCAACCGACUACACCGAAGAAGAGAAAUCGAAAUGGCUACAGGAUCUCGAGGAGUUUUACGACGAUGCCUGGCUGGCAUUGCUCAUUCCCCGAUUGACCGGUCUACGGAAAAUCGGCUUUGAAUGGCCGUUCGGUUCCUCCCAUGUCAGCAAAAUGCUCAACAAAGCUGCCAUAAAUGGAGGUGUUUGUUUUCCUCACCUCGAAGAAGUUAACAUGUGUUGGUAUGAUACGGAAAAUGCCGUCCGCUCAUAUCAGAUGCAUCCGUUCUUCAAAUUUCCGUCUGUGCGCAAAGUUAGUGGGUGGAAAGUCGCGGAGAAUGCUAAGGAGGAGGAGGAGGAGGAGGUCGAGGAGGAUGAUUUCGAGCUCAAACCUACUGAGAUUCUCAAGGGUUGUAGCCUCCCGCCUAAAUGCUCAAAUGUAACGGAUAUUGAUCUCUCACUAUGCAAUGCUGCGGGGGGGAUGCAACAAUGGAUCCAGGCCUGCAAAGCGCUAAAGUCCUUCCGGAUCACCCACGGUGGAGUAUUGAUCUCAUACGAUGAUUCACAGCCCCGCAAACUCUACAAUUCCCUGUCACUGCACAAAUCUACACUGGAGGCUGUCUGGUUUGAGCAUGACGAACAAGGGGGAGACGGCGAUAAUGACGAUGAGUGGAUGGGGUCAUUUGUCGAUUUUGCUGCCUUGAAGUUUCUCCGUCUCUAUUUACCCAACCUCGUGGGAAUCAACGAACAAGGCUUACCCGCACGGAAGAUAAGUGAUGUUAUUCCCUCGUCGCUGGAAACAUUGUUCUUGGACAUUUGGUGGGAUUGGUUUAUUGACGUGCUGGAUGACUUGGCGGAGAUAGCCACCUCAAGGAAAUUCUCUAAGAUUGCCACGUUUCAUAUCGAGACCUGCAACAGCAAACCAAGUAGUCCAGAGGAGGAUGCGAAAGUUGAUUGGCUACAACAGAGGUGUCGAGAGGUUGGAGUUGCGUGUCAUGUGCAUGAUGUAAGGACGUGGGAGGAUAUGGAAGGUAUUCAGCUUCGGAACAGCCUUUGGCCCCAGUGCGAGGCAGAAGACCUCGAAUUUUAUUGA